AUGGUCCAGCUCCUCAGCACCCGCAGCGGAGUGAUUCGCCCAGCAGCGACACCCGCCGGCCGGCGGCUGUCGGUGCGUGUUACGGCGGCUAAGCAGCUUCAGAAUGACCGCACCACCGUAAAAAAGAACGGGGAGAGCGCGGCGCAGGCCACCAAUGACGUCGGCACUGCGGGGCUGGCGGCCAUCGCGCUGGGCCUGCCGGCCAGUGGCAUCACACUUUGGUCCGAGUACACCCUCUUCACUACCGGCGCGGGGCUGCCCCCGGGCCCUGGCGGUGCCCUGGGCGCCGCCGAGGGCCUGAGCUAUUUGGUGGUCAUUGGCAUCAUUGGCUGGUCUGCAGCCACCAAGGCCAGCACUGGCAGUGGUCUCCCCGCCGGCCCUGCGGGACUCCUGGGUGCGGUUGAGGGCGUUUCCUACCUGGCACUUCUGGGAGGCAUCAUCGCAUUCGGGGCACAAAUCGUGAAGACCGGCGGCCUGCCAGGUAUCUUUGGCUAA